AUGUCGCUCAAUGCGCCUCCUCUAGGAGUUCCCAACCGAAAACCCGUGCCGGUCGUCGAAAAGCCCGACCCUCACGCUGAAGAAUCGCCACCAUCGCCCCCUGAAUCCGUAGAAAAGCAGCAAGCAUCAUGGAUCCAGCAAUGGUCUCAACGGGGGUCUCAAUUCUGGACGCAGUCCUCCAGACGAAAACGCCUUCUCCUUAUAUCGAUUCCAAUUCUCUGUCUCCUCGCUCUCAUCAUCGGUCUGGCGGUUGGUCUAACCGUGCGGAAGCGAUCAUCGAAUCUCCCUCUCCCUACCUCCAAUGGAGGCCCUUACUCCGGAGAUCUGACCUACUACGACCCGGGGUUGGGAUCCUGCGGCAUCACGAGCACCGGAUCUGAGCCCAUCUGCGCCGUCUCCCAUGUCAUCUUUGAUGCUGCUUCCACCAGCGCCAAUCCCAAUGAGAACCCGCUGUGUGGCCUGAAAGUGCGCAUCCGGCGAGGCGAGACGUCGGUCGAUGUCAAGGUGGUAGAUCGAUGCGUCGGAUGUAAAGCGACCGAUCUGGACGUCUCCCGGUCAGUGUUUGGGCAGCUGGCGGAUCUGGACCUGGGUCGUGUGGUUGUCGAAUGGGCCUGGCUGGAGGAUGCGCCGGUCAAGAUGGAAUAG